AUGUGGCAUCGCCCGUCAGCGCUUUUGCCGCCGAGCGUAUUCUCUCAAUUUGCUGCAGCAAGAACUCAGCGGUGCUUUCAGGGGCGGAUUCCGAACAAGGGUUAUCGUAUACAGCCCGCGGCGCCGGAUAGGUUGAAAGAUGCCGUGGCGCUUUUUGGGGCGGAUGCGCACAAUGUCACGCUCGAUGACCCGCCCUAUGUGCCGGAGGAGCAGCGGAUGCACAUGACCAAAGAGAUUAUGGGCAGCAAUCAAAACAUGAAGAACCAUUCCAAGUUGGAUCGCUUACGAGCUGCAUUGGACGCAGUACACAAUGAGGGACCCAAUCACGAGGCGUGGAAGGAGGUGUGCCUCUUUCUUCGUACCACAGAGAUGUGCUGUGAGCUGCAGAAGGAUCCCACCGACGUCUUUCCCAAGGGGAAGAAGUUGUGGAUUAAUUUAGACGAGUGUGAGGAGAGGCGGCUUCCUGUGUUAAUGCAGAUGCCUAAUGGGAUGCUCGUUCUACCAGUCUUCUCAAUGGAAGAGUAUCUUGAUCACUAUUUUUGUAGGGUGGACGUCUUUGAGUCCUGCUGGUUUCCCAUUCCCAGGAUGGGCACUCGAUUCGAGGAGUUUUGUCAAUUGCCCUUUCCAGUGACGGCUGUUGGGAGUAUGCAGCACUUUAGCGCCCUUGCCACUGUGGCGUUGCGAGUAUCUCAGUUUGGCAUCCUAGUCAAUCCUGGUCAGCGUACCAGCAAGUUCAUCACCUAUCCGGAAAUGGUGGAGCUUGCCAAGCAGCGAAGCAUGCGACCCAAGGAGCGAAACACAGACCUGAAGCGCAGAACUAAUGGUGUGGAGGAAGAUAUAUUUGAUCGAAGCUUUCUUUGUGGAUUCGACACGACAAAACUCGUUAUGAAGCGCAUCGAACCUUUUCAACUAGAGGAGUUGCUUUGUCAUAGGCCAAGGAUUCCACCUGUGGCACAGUUGGAGUUGCAUCUUCUUCUCUUUGAGUAUGAAUCGAUAACCAAGGUCUUUGUCCGCACAGUGGAUCGUCCACGUUGGCGCCGUGUGUUUGGUGCCUCUCAGAAAAUGACGCAGAUUGAUGUGGUGAUAGAGGGUGGGAAGCCUGAUCGUGCCGUCUUUGAACGCAUCAAAAAGUGGAGUUAUAUGCGGGAGUUUCAUUCAGACGUGCAUGUUGAGUUUACCGCGGUGGCACCAAAGGUGCAGGAGGGGGACGAAGCGCAGGCCGUGUAUGAGACCGCUGACGGCAAACUUUUGCGUGAAAUGAAGGCGUUCCGCGGUGUUACACUAAGAAAAGCAAUUGGCUACGAUGAGCCUCUCCUUGACGCCCAUGGCAAUCCAGCUUCAUUCGUAGCACGACAGUAA